CUCAAAACCUUACCCGGUUAUGAGCAGGUCCUGGUCAAAUCUCACCAAAGACGUGUCUGUCGACGGCGCAUCUGCAACCCUCGGUUCUAGUUCCAUUUGAGAAGGGGAAAGGGGAACACCUCUCUCGCUCUCCCUCGCUCUUUCCAAGGGAGUAUUUUCUUUGCUAUUCUACUAUCAAGAGAUAGGAGGUGAGAUUUCUUCGUCCUAAAGAUCUUAUCACUAAAGAAGGCGCGUGCUCCGCCUUCAAUUGGAAUUUAUCAACCUCCUCCGCUUGAGGUUGGUGUACCAUAAAACAUGGAAGUAAAACCAACAGUUGCCCUGAGGGCAAUGCUCGUUGGAGGUAUAGCUGCAUUUGCAAAGAUCGCUGGUGCAAUGAAGGCUGCUGGUGGUGUAAAGCUGGGUGCAGCUGCGGCUGCCAUGACAGCUGCAGCGACUGCAGCUGUGUCAGGAUCAAAACAGGAUGAGAAGGACUCUUCUAAGCAAUCUAUGCAGUGAACUUUUCUUCUUUUUUUCCCCUAUUUCGUUUUGAAAGAUAUAGGGAGUUAAUAAUACAAGCAUGUUCCAGAGCUGGUUGAUCCCAGUGAGCUUCUUGUUGUACUUUGGGUACAUCGAAAUGUAACCAUAAUUGUAUUAGGAUGUAUAAGCAACUGAAAAAUAGCAAGCCUGUAAUUUAAUUGUUAUCCAAAGCUUUUUAAAUUA